AUGCGGGUGUUCUUCUUCCUCUCGCUGUUCACAGCCACCGCCAACGCCGCUUGUAGUCGCGACUCGACUGCUCUGACAUCCGACUGCUCGCAAUGCUACCAAGGUCGCCCUUGCAUCGCCUUCGCUGCGGAUGCGUCGUGCAACGCCACCACCUUCGGAACGUGCGUCAAUAACGGGAACUCGUCCAGCGGCUCAGCCGAGGACUCGUGCGCCUUCGAGUGUUUUACCAACGGACCCAGCGACUUUGCCGCCAAUGGGGCCGUGGAGUUUACAGAAUACGUCUUCUUUAUUCCUUACGGGGAUGUAGAGAGCAAGUGGGAGGCGAGCUGGACGAGCUCUCAGGCGAGUACAGUGGACUCGCAAUUGGAGAGCGAAGCGGACGAGACGCAGCUUUAUCCUAGCGAAUCCAAUUUAGUGUUCGAGGACAUUGAACCGCUAACGUUCCAGUCAGAGACGACGACGGCAGUGUUUGUCGGGGGGACGAGUGUGUGGGGAGUGAGAGGAAAAGUGUCGCAAGUGAAAUUAAGCCCACAGUUCCUGUCAGCGAAUACGCAGCUAACAAAUAUAACGAUGGUAAAUCUCGGGUUUCUUGUGGAUCCGCCGCAGUCAACGUUCCCUACGACGAAUGUUGAGAGCUUCCGGAUGUCCAAUUGUCUGUUGAGCACGUAUCCGGCAGAUUUGGAGUUCAUGACGUCGGUCGUGCACGUCGACUUCUCGCAGAACUACUUUAAGGACUACGCUGUCAAGUUCUCGCAUGAAUCGAUGGAGACGCUCAACUUGUCUACGAACGCCUUGACGGCCUGCAGCGGCAACUUUCCGAACAUGUUAAACCUGGAUCUGUCUGGCAACACACUAACCGACAUUCCAUCCAAUAUCUUCAGCAUGCCCAAGCUAAAAGUGUUAAACCUCAGUCACAACUCCUUCACGGGAGUGGCGCUGACAGCAAACCAAGUCUCGUUCCUCCAGAGUCUGGACUCUUUUACUAUCGACACAUUUGGCGACGUUUCUUCCUGUUCGGAGUCGGCGCAAGUCGAGAUCAGCGGCGUAUCUGUGUGCACCAGUACAGGUUAUGCGGACGACUCGUCUAGUGACGGUAGCAGUAGCAACACGGCGGCGGUUGUAGGUGGCAUCGUCGGCGCUAUCGUCGUGGCAAUUGUCCUUGGCGUCGCCUUCUUCUGCUACCGACGGCGUAAAGCUCACGGCAAAGGCUUCGGAACUACGACGGGGUUUUCGGAUCCUACGAAUCGAUCUGGGAAGGGUGGGGCAUCGCUUUGGAACGACCAAGAACUGCUGUCGUUGCAGGUUAAUCCCGAUGACAUCGAGGACAUUCGGAAGCUCGGAACAGGAGCUUUCGGAGUCGUCUACCUUGCCAAAUAUCGCCAGAACAGACUCGUAGCUUGCAAACGCCUUAAAAAGGGGGACGCGACGUUCGAAAACACCCAAAAUUUCGUUGCGGAGAUCAAAUUAUGCGCAACUUUGGACCAUCCGCGGGUGGUUCAAUUGCUCGGAGUUGCGUGGACCAUUGAGAGCGACUUGCAAGCCAUGUUCGAGUACAUGGCCCAGGGAGAUCUCCGUACGUAUCUCGAGAAGACCAAGUCGGGGUCUUCGCUCUGGAACGCUGAGAAGCUGCAGCUUUCUGCGGAUGUUACUGAAGCUUUAGUGUACGUUCACUCGUUCACGCCGCCGAUCGUGCAUCGAGAUCUCAAAUCUCGUAACAUUCUUCUGUCUCAAGACACUCGAGGCCAUCUGAGCGACUUUGGGGUGGCUCGCGUGCGAUCUGCUAACGACACGAUGACUAGAGGCGUCGGCACUGGACGGUGGCUGGCUCCGGAAGUGAUCACGGGCAACAGGAACUACGACCAAACCAGCGACAUCUUUGCGCUUGGCGUCGUCAUGUCCGAGCUGGACACGCACAUGUUGCCGUACGAAGAUGCUCGUGGCGCGGGGGGAAACCCAUUGGCCGACGUCGCGAUUCUUCAGCUCGUAGCUUCGGGUAAAUUACUGCCGACGUUCAGCUCUAUGUGUCCUGCAGAGCUUCACGACCUGGCGAGACGCUGCAUGGCGUUUAACCCACACGAAAGACCCACUGCAGUUGAAGUGGCCUUUGCGCUAAGGACCCUCCAGAAAUCUGGCGGGUUUAAUUAA